AUGCCCACCUUCACGCCUAGUAUAGGAUGGUUCACUACCGUAACGCCUCCGGCCGAUGCUGGGCACGCCGGGGCUGCCAAGAGUCGGGGCGAGGCUACACCUACGAGUGACCCACUGCCCCCACCACUUGUACGCAAACAUCGCUCUAGGGGGCCCUCGUCUAUGCUACGGCAUUACAACUGCUUGCGAACGAUGGUGGCUGUGGAGGACGAUGCAUCGAAAUCUGCUGAUGAAAAUAUGCCCACUGCUAAUCGCGGAGAUGUGCCCUCGGAGGAAUCCAAAGUCAUUAUUGGGGAGGACUUAAACCCUCCCCAGAACGUCGAGCAUGAGGAAGCGCCGAUUGUCCGUGGGUCGGAGAUGCUGGGGCCUCAGCUUGGUGUGGCUAGAGUGGACCAGGAAGAGGCAAUGGAAGGUCCCACGACAGUGAAAGUGCCGGCUCGUAAGAGGGCGUCUAAGCGGAAGCGGCAAUCGACGGGAGACUCCAUUGCUCCCCCUCGGACGGUGCGCAAGGGCCCAACCAGGACAGCUACGAUGAGAGACAAGGCGGCUGUCCGCACUGUGACCGCCACCGCCGCCUCGGAGGGGACUGCGACGCGAGGGGAUGGGGAUCGUAUGGUAUCGAGUAACUUCGUGUAUCAAAAUCUGAAGCAUAGAGGGUCUUCGAGGAGCAAUAAGGACGUGGAGAAAAUGAAGAGAAAGAUAGGCAUGGAUAACAAGGGCCGCAUGAAGGAGGGUGGUAGCGCCAAGAGCGCCAUCUUGAAUGGAGGGAGAGCGGGUCUUAGGAGGAGGAGAGGAGGAGGAGCACAGCAAGUUGGAGGUUAUACCAAAGCUCAGCGGGCUCGGCUACGUCGUAUCGAGCUUGCACAGGAGAUGCUCAAAUCUCGGCAGUUGGCUGACCAGAGGCUCAGUCGUGGUGGGAGCAUACAGGCUGAGGAUCUCGAGGAAUCAGCGGCUGCUCCAGUACGGAACACCAUUUUCUCGGCUAGUGUGGACGUGGCUAAGUUGGACAGGCUCAUGGAUGAGCGGGCUAAGAGGCGUGAAGAGGAAGGGGAGGUCCACAUCAGCAGUACGCGGAUCGUCGAGCCGAUGGAGUUACCGCAUGUACCGGAUGGUGAGGAACUCCAGAAGAUGCUUAACGAGGAGUUUGGUCAUUGCGAUGGAUUCCGAGCGGGACAGCAAGAGGCCAUCGAGGCUCUCCUUGGUGGUGCCUCUUGCCUCGUCGUACUGCCUACUGGUCAGGGCAAGUCCCUCAUCUACCAGUUCGUUGCCAGGAUAUAUCGGAAGUAUCUUGGUGAUCGUGGUGGUGUGACAGUGGUCGUAUCUCCUCUGAUAUCUCUCAUGGCGGAUCAGCUGAGGCAGCUGCCUAGUUGUGUCCGAGGGGCUACUAUCAACUCGACGAUGACGCCCUAUGAGAUGGAUGCGGUCCUGCUAGGGGCAGCACAAGGGGAGAUAGACCUCUUACUAGUGGCUCCUGAGCGUUUGCUCAUGUGGUCCUUCCAGAACGCUCUCCCAUUUGUCAACCUGGUGGCCAUCGAUGAAGCCCACUGUAUCUCAGAGUGGAGCCACAGCUUCCGGCCUGCUUAUCAACGUAUCACUGGUGUGAUACGGCGGCAGCUCCGGCCAGCCCACCUCUUGGCCCUCACGGCUACGGCUACUUCGCGGACUAUUUCCAGCGUGAUCAGCAUCUUAGGGGGUAUCGAUAUCACCGUCCGCGCUGACGGUGUGGUGGAGAGGACUCUCGGAAGCCUCCAAACGCCAGAGGUGGAGGAACAAGAAGAGGGCUCAAUGGUCCUCCGAAGGAACCUCCGGCUCUCGGGCUCUCCAACGUUGAACCCCUUGCAAAGCCUUCUGGAACUCCUACACACGUCUGAGUACCGUCCCUUGUCGAGUAUCAUAGUGUAUGUAGCCUAUCAGUGGCAGACUGAACAGGUCGCACGGCUGCUGUGUCAGCGAGGGGUCAGGGCGGGGGCAUACCACGGAGGCAUGUCGAGUAUCGAGCGGAACGAAGUACAGGAGGCCUUCAUACGGGGAGGAGGUCAAGCCAGUGGUGGUGGCAUUCAAGUCAUUGUAGCCACUGUGGCGUUUGGAAUGGGUAUCGACAAAUCCGAUGUCCGUGCGGUGGUCCACAUGGCCUUGCCUCGCUCACUGGAGAGCUACGUUCAGGAGACUGGACGCUGCUGCAGGGACGGCUACGAGUUUGGCCUCUGCCACGUAUUGAUCUGCCAUCAAGACUACGCCAGACUGCGGCGGGCAGUAUUUUCCGAUAGUUUGGACCCCCUCAGCGUUGGAUCCCUGGUCGGAAGGAUCCUGUUCGGAUCCCAUCAGGGCUCAAACACUACCGACAGGCUGGAGCCCUUUGGAUCCUGUACCUGUGUGGCUGCAUCGACUGACGAGGCUCCGUUUCGCUUCGCUUUCGUAGAUGAAAAACAGGGUGCCCGUGAGCUAGAUUGUAGUAAAGAGCAGCUCACAUUCCUUCUCGGCUCAUUGGAAUCGGCCGGCCAGGGUGUUAGGGCUGUUUUCCACGGUUUCCCGAGCAAGGUGAAACUGAGGUUCUUCUCCAAAGACCCAGAGACAGUAGCACGUGAGGAUCCUUUCAUACGGGCCUUGCUAGCUCCAGAGGAAGCUCUGUCUACUGCUGAGGCCACGGAAGAAGGCACUGAGCAGGCCGUGACCAUCACCGUCCCCUGCCGAACCGGAGUCUAUACCAUUGACACGCGCCUCGCCCUACCAACCUUAGCAGCUACCUCAGGAUAUGCCUCCAUCACUCCUCCUGACUUCAUGCGGAGGCUCCAUGACGCCCAACGCAAGUGGCACUUUGCUGUGGAAAAACAGGAGUACUGCCACGUUAUCGCCAUGGGGGGAAGGGUUCCCUCUGAGGCCAACCAUGAUCGAGAAUCAAUCCCUUGUGUUCGUCGCUUGGCUGCAGCGUUGAUAUCCCAGGUUCGAAGGCAUCAAGACCAUCAGCUGGUGAAGGUAGAUGCCUGUUAUCUCGUUCUAAGGAGGAUUGCUGCUAACGACAACGGGAAGGACCCUCUCUUCGGCCAUCGCCUCAUCCAGAAUUACUUUUCGUUGGCAUCGGAGGGCUGUGAAGAGGAACUCCUCCUGAGCCUCGCCGAUGGCGAUCGAGCAGAGCUUCGGAGGGUUCUUGGCCCAGCAGCGGUGCCACACGAACAGGGAGAUACCACUGAGCGGACAGCGAGGGAGUGGGAGUGUGAUGAGAACUACAGCAGCGACUUCAAUUGGGUGCGAGGGGAUCUGGAGGGUCUCCUCUCGGGUGGUAUGGUGAAGGCCCUCGACCCUAUCGUCUAUGCGAACGAUACCGCAGAAGAGCCGUUCUGGAUGGAGGACUCUUUGUGGUCGCCUAGUGCAGCGGCAACCCCGACGUCUAUUGCUCGCAUACUCCAGGGUAUACCCAGCCCAACGUACCCCACCAAGGCGUGGAAGGAUACCCCCUACUGGGGACGUCAUGAAGCCUUGCCAUUCGACGUCUUAACAAGUAUGAUAUCAGCUGCGAUGCGCGGGCGGUGUUCUCGAUGAUGCAUGCAUCGUUAUCCUUUAUCAAUCCGGGUUUGAAUCGAACCCG